AUGCUUGAGCUCUCCCCCGAGGUUGUGGUCCAGGCCAUCCACGAGCUGGAAAAACUGGGUGAGAGAUGUAAGGAGCGUGAUGUCUGCAAAUUCUUCGAAGCCCGUAUCUUUCCCGCUGAUGACCGAACUGGAUCUUUGUCAUUAUCGGGCGACGCGAACAUGGCUUGUCACCUCGUACCUAACGAAGAGACGGGAGUUACACAGCCACGCCCUGACCUGCUCUAUGGUUAUCAUGCUAUACCUACUUUCACCUUGCCACAGCGGACGACAUUACGCCGGCUCCACAAGGAGAUUCAAUACUACGCAGACGCGUUCACGGACCUGUUGUUCCCCUUCUUAGUCCUCGAGUUUAAGGCUGAUGCAGGGACUAAUAGAAGCCUCUGGACCGCGGCGAACCAGUGUGCCGGUGGCUUGGCCGCUUGCAUCCAGGUUAUCAACCAACUCAACGCGAGACUCUGGGAGGCCGGAGCCGACGUACAUAUUCCCAAUCGCUGCUACAGCCUAGCCAUUAACAAUACCGUCGCUCAGCUCUAUGUUGCGUGGAGAGAUGAAAAUCAGGUUUUCUAUAUCCAGCGGGUGGCCUCUUUCUUACUUUCGGACAACAGCGACUUUAUACGCCUCCACCAGUGGGUGGCAGCCAUCCUCUAUUGGGGAUAUGGAGUACGCCUGGGGGACAUCCGGCUCGCUCUGGACGACCUCCGAAAAGCCAUGCGGUCCUUCAUGCCGCCAGCCGAGGAGCACAGGAGGCUAUUCGGUUAG